AUGGGCCGGGCAACCGGCUGGUUGACCGGUUCAGCUCUUCCAACGGUCAGGAACAUAGCCACUUCCCAAACGAGGCCAGUAUUGUUUGCAGAAUGGUAUAGGAUAUGUGAACUUGCCGGUGCAGAUGAUGCAGCUUGUGCCCAUUAUGUUUUACAAUUGCAACAAAGUGGAUUGCUGAAAGGGGAUGAUUUGUUAGAUCGGUUUUUCCGCUGUCUCACUGAACUUUCUGUGUCACAUUGCCUAUCUUCUGAGGUGAUUAGUUCUGGUCCUCUGAAAUCACCUCAACGAGUCCAGUCCCUCGCUUUCCUUGCUAUUGAUAUCUAUUCAAAACUUGUCUUGUCGAUCAUAAAGUUUUUCCCUGUGGACCAGGGAUCAAGCAAACUCUCUCUUUUGCCCAAGGUUCUGGCAGUGACUGUGAGGUUCAUUCAGAAAGAUGCAGAGGAGAGGAAAGCAUCUUUUAAUCCAAGGCCAUAUUUCAGGUUGUUCAUUAAUUGGCUAAUGGACCUGGGUUCCAUGGAAGUCUUUGAGGGUGCAAACUUUCAGGUUUUGACAGCUUUUGCAAAGGCAUUUCAUGCUCUACAGCCCCUUAAAAUUCUUGGAUUUAGCUUUGCAUGGCUUGAGCUGGUGAGUCACAGGAGUUUCAUGCCAAAAUUGCUUGCUGGAAAUGCUCAGAAGGGAUGGCCAUAUAUGCAGCGCUUGCUGGUUGACUUAUUUCAAUUCCUGGAGUCAUUCUUGAGGAAUGCUGAACUUGCAGAGCCGGUUCAUUUUCUGUACAAAGGCACACUAAGGGUGUUGCUAGUGCUACUUCAUGAUUACCCUGAGUUCCUCUGCCAUUAUCAUUUCAGCUUGUGCAAUGUCAUUCCUCUGAGCUGCAUACAGAUGCGGAACAUAAUCCUCAGUGCAUUCCCCCGUAAUAUGAGGCUACCAGACCCAUCUACUCCAAAUUUAAAGUUUUCUCAUAGAAUUGAUCUGCUAGCAGAGAUUAGUCAAUCUCCGCAUAUUCUCUCCGAGGUUGAUGUGGCUCUUAAAGCAAAGCAGAUUAAGGGUGAUGUAGAUGAGUAUCUGCAGACGAGACAGCAGGGGUCUUCAUUUUUAACUGAAUUGAAGCAGAAACUGCUGCUUCCACCUAACGAUGCUGCUCUGGCUGGGACACGGUAUAAUGUACCAUUGAUCAACUCCCUUGUGCUUUAUGUUGGAAUGCAGGCUAUACAGCAGCUGCAGGCGAGAACUCCUCCUCAUGGACAGUCAAUGGCCAGUUGCGUUCCAUUAGCUGUGUUCUUAGUUGGUGCUGCCUUGGAUAUCUUCCAGACUUUAAUAAUGGAUCUUGAUACUGAGGGGCACUACCUCUUUUUGAAUGCGGUUACUAACCAACUACGUUAUCCAAACAAUCAUACGCAUUAUUUUUCCCUCAUCCUUCUUUACCUAUUUGCCGACUCAAACCAGGAAAUCAUUCAGGAGCAAAUCACAAGAGUUCUAUUGGAGCGCCUGAUUGUUAACCGACCUCAUCCAUGGGGACUUUUGAUUGCUUUCAUCGAGCUGAUUAAGAAUCCUAGAUACAACUUCUGGAGCCAGUCGUUUACAAGGUGUGCACCAGAGAUUGAGAAACUAUUUGAAUCGGUCUCAAGAUCGUGUGGUGGCCUAAAACCUGUGGAUGAAAGCAUGGUCUCAGGUGGGAUAUCCAACGACAUGCACUAAAGUCUGCCGCUUGCAAAUUUGUCCAGUUGUACGUUUACUUUUGUUUUCCCAAAACACUUUUGCAAAUCUAUUGUUGUGACUUAAUUGAAUGUAUAGAUAAUAUAUCUUAUAUAAAUGUAAAUAUAUUUUGAUUUUGUUUUUGCAUUUUGCAUGCCCCCCCUUUGUAUUUUGGGUUCCUGAAUUCAUUUAAUUAAGAUGUUUUAUAGUUCAA